GACACAGUCCUUGCAUUUCUCUGCAGAUUAUCAUCGGCACUUACUGACUGGUGGUACGAUACAUUGUCACAACAUCCUCACGACCUCUACUAUAGCCCGCUCCGGAUCCGGGAUUGCCCCGAUUCAUGCACUUGUUGAGAUACUAUAUAAUUACCGUUGCCGGUGCCCCUCAUGUUGAUGAGAAUAUCCAUCUGAGUAUUACAGUCUCUCAACUUUCUUCACAUCCUUCAAAAUGUUGAACACACCAGGCGUCUCCUUUGAGCAGUACGCUCUUUCCCUUCAGAAUGGUUUCCUCCCAGAAAGCCCUCCUCUACAGCAACUAUCCGACCCAUACUACUUGCCAUGGGAAAGCAUCGUCUCUGAUCUGCCGGCUCGUAUCAAGAAUCGAGCGAUAAGACAGGCUGUCAAUGAGAUGCCAAUUCUGAACACCUCCAAGCUUGGAUCUGAACCGGAAUGGAGAAGAGCAUACUCUGUGCUUGCCUAUCUUACUCAUGCUUACAUCUGGGGCGGAGACGUACCUAGCGAAGUGCUACCACCCCCCAUCUCACGGCCUUUUCUUGAGGUAUCGAAACAUCUAGAGCUCCCGCCGUGUGCAACAUAUGCAGCUCUCAAUCUCUGGAACUUCAAGGUCUCACAAGACGAUACUGAUCUCACCGACCCCGAUAACCUAUUUGUCAUCAACUCGUUUACUGCCACUAAAGACGAGGAAUGGUUUUUCGUACUUUCAGUUGCUCUCGAGGCCAAGGGCGCACAGCUUAUUUCACUGAUGACCAAUGCUAUUCAGGCCGCCAGUGCGGACGAUGCAGCGCUGGUGAAAUCCCACCUUGACCAACUGAGCGAUGGACUUGUCGAGCUUGGAGAGCUUCUGGAGCGUAUGUAUGAGCACUGUCAGCCAGCGGCGUUCUACCAUCAACUACGACCUUUCCUGGCAGGUAGCAAGAACAUGGCGGCAGCUGGACUGCCCAGGGGUGUGUACUACGAUAUGGGAGAGGGCGAGGGGGAAUGGCGUCAGCACAGCGGCGGCAGCAACGCUCAGAGCUCUCUGAUACAGACAUUUGAUAUAUUCCUUGGUGUGGUGCAUCAUGCCACGGGAGAAGCAAAAGGCUCGGACGGGAAGCCCCCAGUUGUUUCUAAGGGUGGAUUCAUUGAGCAAAUGCGCAACUAUAUGCCAGGCCCCCACCGUCGCUUCCUCGAGAUGAUGGUCCGCACGGCUAAUAUUCGCUCUUACGCUCUCAGCUACAAGGCUGGCUCACCUGUGCGGGAUGCAUACAACGAAGCCGUGAUGUCACUGGGAAGGUUCCGAGACAAGCAUGUCAGGAUGGUGACACGAUACAUCAUUAGGCCUGCGCGUGCGACGCCCCCAAGUGAGACUUCUUCGCAGCUCAACCUGGCGACCACGACGUCCACGCGCAUGGAAAGCUGGAAUGGGCAGGGGGUCACCGAUGGAGUCCACGGCACUGGAGGAACUGAUUUGAUUCCCUUCCUGAAGCAGACACGAGAUACCACAAAAGCUGCAGCUUGCUAUUCGGAUUGAAACGUGGCGGCGGCGGCGGCGGCGAAACGAGAACUAUGACCUCCUGUAUUCAAGGUG